UGAGUACACUUACAGUAAGAUGCCCAGACGCUUGGUAAAACCGAGUGCUAGGCUCUCCUGCACUGUGAGGUGCAGCGAGCACCUGCCCGCACUGGCUAUUGACCACUUUGAUUUAGAAUUAUUAUUAACACAGUUAUUAUUUUUAACAAACGACCAUGAGGACAUUGGUGGCGAUGUGUUGCUGCUGGGUGGUGCUUGGUAGAUGGGGUGGUGUGGCCGGGCAAGUGGAACGGAAUGGACUGUGGAGGCAGAAGAUUCAGUGGCAGAACAACGGCCAAGUGUACAGUUUACUCAACAGCGGCGCUGCUUACCGCCCGCCGACUCACCGCAGCUGGGACCCGCAGCAGCAACAGCAGCAGCAGCAGCAGCAGCAGAGCGUGUACCUGAGCGCGGCUGUGGAAAGGAGCCGUCCCCAGCCAUACCACCGCGCCCCGCUCAACGCGCUGCCCCCGGCCAGCGAGCCCCGGUACCCGGCGCGUCCCGGGAGGACAGCGGCGGCGGCGGCCCGCGGCUUCCACGGACGCCGGGCUGUCAACUUGACGCAGGGAGUGGCCGCGGACGGAGGGAGCCCCCGGGCCGGCUACAGCCCAGUGUACCCGGGAGCGCAGGCGGACGAGCCGCGCCAUCCCUCCAACCGGAACAGCGUCUUCUACAACUUCUACUCGUCCUGGCCCGCGGGACGACGCACAGGCGGCUCAGCCACCCGCUACUUCCAGCAAGGUCUUCCAGACUUGGUUCCUGAUCCAUAUUAUAUUCAAGCUUCCAUAUAUAUCCAGAGGGUACACAUGUAUGCACUGAGGUGUGCAGCUGAAGAAAAUUGCCUCUCAAGGUCAGCCUAUGGCCCCAGAGUAAAUGACCUCAGCGUUAGGGUACUCCUAAGGUUCCCACAAAGAGUCAAGAACCAAGGAACUGCGGACUUCCUCCCCAACAGGCCACAACAUACCUGGGAAUGGCACAGCUGUCACCAGCAUUAUCACAGCAUGGAUCAGUUUAGCCAUUAUGAUCUGUUGGAGACAACCACUCUGAGGAGGGUGGCUGAAGGACACAAGGCUAGCUUCUGCCUGGAGGACACUACGUGUGACCCUGGUGUCCGAAGGAGAUACGCUUGCACAGCACAUACUCAGGGAUUGGGACCAGGUUGUUACGAUACAUACAACGCCGACAUCGACUGUCAGUGGAUUGACAUUACAGACGUUGUUCCUGGAAACUACAUACUAAAGGUUUCAGUGAAUCCAGGAUUCUUGGUACCAGAGUCAGAUGUAACAAACAAUGUGGUUAGAUGUGAUAUCCUUUAUACUGGGAGCUAUGUGUCAGCCAGAAAUUGCAGAAUCACAAGAUUCUAAGGAUGAGACCCAAUGGCUGGAGUCAUAGUUGAACAGAAGUGUGUACUACGGUCUCCAGCUUUUUGCCUCUUUAGUUUUGUGUUUGUAUUUAAGUUUUAUGGAGGAAUUUGGCAAUUUUAUAUGACAUAUAGAUGUCAACAUAGAAUACUUGCAGGGAGGGAGUUUUGUGCUAAUUUUUAUAUAAUUUUUGGUUUCAAGAAUCAUGAUCUAUAUUGUUUUCUGUUUCUCCUCUCUUUCCUUCCUGGCACAAUUCUCCCUGUGAUGUUAAUAGUCACAGAGAGUUUGUCUUUCUGAGUGAACAGAAAUUUUAGCAAAAUUUAUUUUUCUUCAACGUCUGUUUUUUCUGCAGUUCUAUGAAAAGUUGCCCGGUAACUAAAUGUUUAUCAUAAAGGCCUAACUAUGCAUUUUCAGGAUUGCAAGUAUAUUUAACUUGCUCCUUUGUGUUUCCAUCCCGUUAUUCAAAGUGGCACAUGGAAUCAGGAACCCAAUGUGUGGCGAAUAUCAAAUGCACUAUGGUAAAGGAACCUUGUUGGCCAGCUGCAGUUCCCUACCCAUUGCGCUCUUGGGUUUAACUACAAUAUAUAGGGCACCCACUAAAAGGUGUUUGGAUAUUUCCCUGCAGGAAGGAGCCAUGGAAAUAGUGGCUAUCAUAAAACCAAACUCAGUAUUGAAGUAGUUAAGAAUACAAGUAUUUUUUGAAGUUAAUGUUCACUUUGUGUGUUUCAUUACACAGAGCACUGAGAUAUUUUUUGUUAAUGUAUGGAUUAUCAUACCUUCAUUAAUGUGAUCAUAAUUUCUUUAUGGCAAGAAUUCAACUUUACAUUGAGAAUGCCAUAUCCUAUAUCCACCUCUGCAAGCUGAGUUUAAAGCCAUUUUUCUUCUAGAAAGAGGCUGAGACGUCUACAAUUAAAUGAUCAAAUCUUGGACAGAUUUUGUCGCCAUCUCCAAAGAUAUUGGCAAGCGCACCAUAUAUUUUGGUGGUAUGAAGUGGUUCCUAGAUUUUAGCAAUGAUUAAUUUAAUACCUUUGAGGUAUACAUGCCAAUUUUGCCACCCGUUUGCAAUCUACUUGGUGUUAAAAUGAGGGUUGGUGCUUCCUAAAGUUAUUUCUUCUCCUGUACCCCUAAGUAUUCAAACCAUGGUUAUAUACCACAUCACACAAAUGUCAUGUUCAUCCUUUACAUUAAACAAAAUUAUAUAUGAACUAUCCUUUUAUUUGACAAUUUGCUCACUGAAUUCUUUAAGAAUAUCCCUUCUUUAUAAAGUCUUUUAAAAGAAA